AUGGCAAUGAAGGUGCUAUUAGCGGUUGCCGUGCCCGCUGUCCUUGCAGCUACUGCAGAGGAAGAGGGACAGCCUUUCGUGGACAUGCACAGGCUUGUUGGAAUCGAGUGCGGACAGGUGCGCCUUGCCGCAUCCCAGGCAGAUUGGGCCCAGGAGUUGGCCGGUCUUCAGGAGGGAUCCUGCGAGUCAUUGGGCUUCACGGAGUCCCGUGGCGACAGAGAGGUCACCCUUCCUCUGAUUGGCAGCCUGGGCCUGGGUAUCUUCCGAAAGCCUGACGUGCUAGGAAUCGCACAACAAGUCGGUGAUCAACUCAACGGAAAGCCAGCCUCGCGAGGCUCGGCCUGCUGCACAACUUGUGCAGACCUUGAAGAGAAAUACGUCGCAGAGACCGCUGCAACCUGCCAGGAGGCUUGCCUGAGCAUUGCAAAGCGGAUGAUCCUCUCCGUGUCGGGCCUGUUGGAUCCCGCUUUCGUUCAAGCACAUGGCCGUGGAUGUCUCGAGCGUAAUUUUCCAGUUCUCAAUGCCACGCUCAUGAAGGGCAUGGACCCAGCGUCCUUCAGCUGGGAUGUCUACAGCCGGCCGCCGGCCAACACGGUGAUCUUGCGCAAGGUCGCGUUCGGAGUUUGUGGUCAGCUGCCCUUGUCCACGACCGAGGCCCAGGCUUCCUUGAAGCUUCCGAUUGGCCUCGAGGAGGGCAGCUGCGUUGCGGCUGGAUACACGGAGGACGCCGGACAGCAGGAACUCCCGGGCUUGCCUGGCAAGAAACUCGCUCUGUUCCGCAAGGCAGGAGACCUGGACGUCCUCGAUGGCCUGCACAUGGUCUUUGCUGCCCUGACGCAGGACACAGUGACCAUGUUCAAGGUAGUUGGCGACCUCUGCUCCGAGGCAUCCAUCGACAGGAAGUUUCAGUCGCCACUGCAGAGCUUCGGGCAGUUUGAGCUGGGCUCAUGCAAGGAGCACGGGUACAGCAUGGCUGCUGGUUCCCAGUCCUUCAGCAUUCCGCUGGUCACAGAGAUGCAGGUUGCCCUCUAUCGGAAGGCAAUCCCAGGCGUCGGGAUCCUCGUCUGA